UUUCCGACGCAUUGAGCAACACAAGGUGUUCCCCUUUCACCUGCUCGUGAUCUGAGCCGCGCGGAGUUGAAAUCCCUCCACAAACACUGGCUUUGUGUUGCAUUGUGUGGAAGUCCGACACCACCCGACAUGCAGGCUGUGGUCCAAGUGGAGAGGCGGCCACCUCUGUACAGACAAAACGUUGUUAUAUAAUGCAUGGAAACAGUAGGAGCCUGUUGAGUAGCCUUCCCCUUUAUAAGGAGUGUUUUUCGUCUAUAGCCCCUUCCUUCCCCCUAUAGCAUUGAGUCCAGACCGCACACCAACAAGCAAGCAGCGAUACUGAGGUGAGCAAAGUACAACCAGAGGUGGCCUCACUAAGAACUGAGCUACACUCGGAGAGCAAGCCAAUCAGCUCUUCUCUUCAGUCCAUUCCACCAUGUUUGUGUCAAUCAUCCUGCUGUUGAUCUGCGUCGUCUUCAUCAUCAUUCAACUCAAAUCCCGGAGGCCCAAGAACUUUCCACCAGGACCCACCGUCCUGCCGAUACUGGGGAACCUUUUGGAGCUGAGCCUAGAGAACCCCCUGAAUGACUUUGAGAGGCUGAGGAAGACUUAUGGAAAUGUCUACAGCAUAUUUCUCGGUCCCAAACCAGCAGUAGUCAUCAAUGGGAUGAAGACCAUUAAGGAGGCUUUAGUGACCAAGGGCGUUGAUUUUGCUGGAAGACCCCAAGACCUGCUCGUCAAUGACAGCACACAGAGGAAAGGAGUGAUUCUGGCCGAUUACGGCCCGAGUUGGAAGGAGCAACGUCGCUUUGCUCUGAUGACUUUGAGGAACUUUGGUAUGGGGAAAGAUAGCAUGGAGGAGAGGAUUCAUGAAGAGAUCAAAUACACCAUGGACACGCUGGAGAAGAGCAUUGGUCAAUCUAUAAGUCCUCGAAUUAUGUUUCAUAAUGCGGCCUCCAACAUCAUCUGCCAGGUUCUCUUCGGCAUACGCUACGAGUAUGAUGAUGAGGUCAUCAAAGUGAUUGUUCAAUGCUUUACUGAGAAUGCCAAGAUAGCCAAUGGACCAUGGGCUAUGCUUUAUGACUCUUUUCCCAUGAUUCGAAGCCUGCCGCUGCCCUUCAGAAAGGCCUUUAAGAAUGUUGAGACUUGUCAGAAACUUGCGAUUUCUUGGAUGAAUGAGCACAAGCAGACAAGAGUCCCUGGAGAGCCACGAGAUUUUGUUGACUGUUAUCUGGAUCGGAUGGAUAAGGCAGGUGAUGAUCAGUCUUCCUUUUCAGAAGCACAGCUGACGAUGUACAUCCUAGAUCUUCACUUUGCUGGGACUGACACUACUUCCAACACCCUGCUUACUGGUUUCCUCUACCUUAUGAACUACCCACACAUACAAGAGCGUUGUCAGCAGGAGAUAGACGAGGUGUUGGAUGGGAAGGAUCAGGCCAGUGCUGAGGACCGAAACAGCAUGCCCUACAUGCAGGCCGUGAUCCAUGAAGUGCAGAGGGUAGCCAACACUGUUCCACUCAGUGUCUUCCACUGUACGACUAAAGACACAGAGCUCAUGGGAUAUUCCAUCCCCAAGGGUACGCUGAUCAUCCCUAAUCUUUCCUCGGUGCUGAAUGAGGAGGGACAAUGGAAAUUCCCAAAUGAAUUCAACCCUGAAAACUUCCUCAAUGACCAGGGAGAGUUUGUCAAACCAGAGGCCUUCAUGCCUUUCUCUGCAGGUCCUCGUAUGUGUCUCGGAGAGGGUCUGGCUCGUAUGGAGCUCUUCCUCAUCAUGGUGACGCUGCUGAGGAAGUUUAAGUUCCUCUGGCCUGAGGAUGCAGGAGAGCCAGACUUCACUCCAGUCUAUGGGGUCACUCUGACUCCCAAACCUUAUCGCAUGAAACUCCAACUUCGGGAAACAAAUUAAUGGAUGACCAACGAGCCAACAACAUGUUGAGCUUCCUAUCAUGCAGCCUUCACUGUUAGCAUUGCGGCCACUAAACUAACUAUAACCUCAGUUACCUUCACUUUAGCAGUCAAUAAAACGUGCACUUUUUUCAAUAGCAUCACCUGCUAAUGCCAUGAGCUUAAACAAGUUGAUCAAUGGAACGCAUUGCCAACAUUGGCACGCUGUUUUUCUGACCAGAUCUAGACUGUGGGUAUAAGCCUCCACUUCCACCAUCUGCUCCACCUUCCACCAAGGGCACUGUCGCUGCAUCCUGGGCUUAACCAAGAACACUUUAAUUGGUUUAAAGAAAUUGUCUCUUCUUCUGUACCAGAAUGAUAAUGCAUGGAGCUGGACCUUUCUUUAGCGCUGACACAGCACUGUGGGAAUUGGUAUGCUCAUGCAAUGACUAUCAUCUUGUUUUUAAUAGUGAUUGACACUUCAGCAGCUUUAUGCUGAGAUUGCUGUUUCCAGCUGUAUCCCCAUCCAUUUGGUGGUUUAUUACCUCAAUGGGUAGCAUGUCUAGUGGUAAUUCCAACGCCCUGUCCAUCCCUGGUAUCUUUAUCGGUAUGCUUCUUAAGCCUCUAACAACUUCUUUGUCCCGUUCAAAGUGCCUUUGACAACAAACCUUUGUAUGAACCUGUCCAAGCACGUCCUCUUUUCUGUCCGUUUUUCCUAACAAUUAUGCCAAUUUUAUGAGUUUAAAUAAAGAAUAAACUGCAAUAGUAACAA